UGCACCCCAGCCCCCAGCCCCCAGCCUGCGAAGCGAGCGGAGGGAGGCGGUGGUCCGUCGCCUCCCUCCCGCCCCCGGCCUGGCUUCGCGGCGGCGGCGGCGGCGCCUCUCCCGCAGGGCCGACCCGGCUGGGCGGGCGCGCGGCGCGGGGCGGCCGAGGGCAGGCGGGGGGCGCCGCGCUCGGGCCCCGGGCGGCGACUGCCGGCGGCGGCGGCGGCUCCAGGCGAGCGCGGUUCCCGCGUGCGCACACGCACACGCCGCCGCGCAGGGACCCACGGCCGCCGAGACCCGGGCUCUGCGAGCGCCUGGGAGCACACGCUCUCCAUCCCCGGCCGGCGCGGGGCACGGACUCGCCCCCGAGCGCCUUCUCCGCGGCAUCUGCCCCCGGCCGACCCGCGGCCCCGAGGCGAGGCCCCGCUGGAAGCAGUCUGUGGACACCUGGGGCUGAGCAGCGGCUGCUCCGAGUGAGAGGCGGGUGGCACCAGCCUGAGCCUUCCUCCUGGGCUGAGAAGCGUCAUGGCCAGCAUCGUGCAGGCCUCCCUGGCUGCUCUCCUCCUGCUGCCUAUGGCCGCCGCCAUGCACUCUGACUGCAUCUUCAAGAAGGAACAAGCCAUGUGCCUGGAGAAGAUCCAGCGGGCAAAUGACCUGAUGGGCUUGAACGACUCUUCCCCAGGCUGCCCUGGGAUGUGGGACAACAUCACGUGUUGGAAGCCAGCCCACGUGGGUGAGGUGGUCCUCGUCAACUGCCCGGAACUCUUCCGAAUCUUCAACCCAGACCAAGUCUGGGAGACGGGAACCAUCGGAGAGUUGGGUUUCGCUGAUAGUAACUCCUUGGAUCUCUCAGACAUGAGGGUGGUGAGCCGGAAUUGCACGGAGGAUGGAUGGUCGGAGCCGUUCCCUCAUUAUUUCGAUGCCUGUGGGUUUGAUGAGUACGAAUCUGAGACUGGGGACCAGGACUAUUACUACCUGUCGGUGAAGGCCUUGUACACGGUUGGCUACAGCACGUCGCUUGUCACCCUCACCACUGCCAUGGUCAUCCUGUGCCGUUUCCGGAAGCUGCACUGCACCCGCAACUUCAUCCACAUGAACCUGUUCGUGUCGUUCAUGCUGAGGGCCAUCUCCGUCUUCAUCAAAGACUGGAUCCUCUACGCCGAGCAGGACAGCAACCACUGCUUCGUCUCCACCUUGGAGUGCAAGGCGGUGAUGGUUUUCUUCCAUUACUGUGUUGUAUCCAACUACUUCUGGCUGUUCAUCGAGGGCCUGUAUCUCUUCACCCUGCUGGUGGAGACCUUCUUUCCCGAGAGGAGAUACUUCUACUGGUACAUCAUCAUUGGCUGGGGGACCCCAACUGUGUGUGUGUCCGUGUGGGCAGUGCUGCGGCUCUACUUCGAUGAUACAGGCUGCUGGGAUAUGAAUGACAACACAGUUCUGUGGUGGGUGAUCAAAGGCCCUGUGGUUGGCUCCAUAAUGGUUAACUUUGUCCUCUUCAUCGGCAUCAUUGUCAUCCUGGUGCAGAAACUUCAGUCGCCAGACAUGGGAGGCAAUGAGUCCAGCAUCUACUUCAGCUGCGUGCAGAAAUGCUACUGCAAGCCACAGCGGGCGCAGCAGCACUCUUGCAAGAUGUCAGAACUGUCCACCAUUACUCUACGGCUCGCCCGCUCCACGCUGCUGCUCAUCCCGCUGUUUGGAAUCCAUUACACGGUCUUCGCCUUCUCCCCAGAGAAUGUCAGCAAGAGGGAGAGGCUGGUGUUUGAGCUCGGGCUGGGCUCUUUCCAGGGCUUCGUGGUGGCUGUUCUCUACUGCUUUCUGAACGGGGAGGUGCAGGCGGAGAUCAAGCGGAAAUGGCGCAGCUGGAAGGUGAACCGCUACUUCACCAUGGACUUCAAGCACCGGCACCCGUCCCUGGCCAGCAGCGGGGUGAACGGGGGCACCCAGCUCUCCAUCCUCAGCAAGAGCAGCUCCCAGAUCCGCAUGUCCGGCCUCCCGGCCGACAACCUGGCCACCUGAGCACCCCCCCCCGUCCCCUCCUCUCCGGACACAGGCGAGGGUCGCGGGCGGGCGCCGGCCCACGCAGGUUGUGCCUCUUCUCUCCCUUCGGGCAGGCCCUGGGCUGGGAGCCCGGCUCCCCGAGCGGGGAGGAGGGUGCAGGGUGCAGACAGGUAUUUCCCUUCUCUGUUUUGGCCCUGGCCUCACCCACCUUGGGCCUCUGGGCCCUGACCCCGGACGUGUAAAUACUCCCCAAGUUUUGGAAAAGUCGUCCCACCCCUACCUCUUUCUCCAGAGUCCCUGCUCUCCUCAGGCAGGGCCCCAGCUUCACCCCACCCGGUCUCCAGCAGCCGCAGUGACUGCCUGCCCCUGUGUGGGAGGCCCUGUGAGCGGAGGCCGAAGAACUUGCUUCGGGGAUUUGGGGUACGGUCUGCCUGACAGCCCUCCUGUAGUGUCUGACCCUCUCUGUGGACUCAUUGAGUCUACUCAGCACUCUGUGGCCCUUUUCAGGCUGGCCCGGUCCCUGAGGCUGCCGGGGAUCCAGCUUGGAUGGCCAGAGGGCUUUUCAGCGCAGGCCAGACCUGAACUCACCCGACAUCUUGAUGCCCUCCAGGUGCCCAGCGCCUGGGUAUCAGGGCAGCGGGACAGCUCCAGGGCUCUUCUCCGCAGAGACUUCAGUUUGGGUGUGGGGCUCAGGUCAGAGAUAGUUCUGGUGCUUUUCAUUUGGCCCAAGAAGAAUUGCCAAGAGCCAGAAAAGUGUGUGUGAUUGGAAUGGAGCCGGACAGAGGUUGGAGAGAGUCAUGGAAGAAGCCACUGGCCACCUCCUUUAUUUUGCCCCUGACUCAAGGUAGGCCGGGUUCAUCUGGUAGCCUGCCUUCCACCCCUCCUGUCCCCUGGCAUCAGCUGCAGAAAGUUGAGAGACAGAGGCCUCAGAGAAACUGCUCCCCAGCCACGCCUACCACGGACAGCCCCUAAGCCUCCCCUCUUCCGCUUCCCCUGAAGUCAAAGCCAUGAUUUGGAUGCACCAGCCGCCGUCCUGUGAUAUCAGUGAAUCCUGAAGCACCGCCCAGGGCCCAGGGCUCCCUUUCACCCCCCCACUCCCCUGGACCAUGAGGCGUCCCAGCCACCAGCUCCUCCAGCUUGGACUCAGAUGCUGAGAUAUCGCAGACCUCUGCAAAGACUUCCCUCUGCGUGCUCUUGACAUUGAGUCACCAUGGGGGCCAGGGUGUCCUGGGGUGGGGAGGGGAAGCCAUGCCCCCCUUCCUUGUGAGCAGAAACUGCUGAUGGGAGGAGUGACUGCACCCCGACUUCUGUCCUGGCUGCCCAGCCAUGACUUUCCAGACUGCAGACUAAGAACUUGAAACGGAGCAGAACCAGGUUCAGAGAAGGUGAAGGAAAGUGCUAGAGACCCGUGGCCUGUCUGUGGGGCCCGCCUCUUUCACGUCAGCCUGUGGUGGUCUUGUCCAAGUGUAUUUUAUGGUCAUGUUCUGGAAAGCAUGGAGAGCUGGGCCGUGUGUGUGUGUGGCUUUUUGGUUUUGUAAAGAGGAAGAGGCCCAGGGCCAUUGGGUUCGUGUUCAUGGGGAGGCCUUGUGAGUGACUGGAGAAGCGCCUAGAGCUUGGUUUAGAGAAACACUGUGAACCCCGGUCUUGGCUAAACCAGAGGGACAACAGGACCUGUUUGCCCUUCCCUGGCCACAUUUGGUGACUCGGGCUGGCCAUGGGGUGUGCGACGGUCCUUGCAUCCUGCACCUGCCUCACGAUGCCCUUCCCUCUGGCUGGGAGCCACGUGUAUUACCUGAGGGGGUGUCCCCUGGCACCUUGCGCCUUGGGCCCUGUUGAGGGGGCUUGACUUGCUUGGAGGGAGCCUUGGGCUGGGGGUCAGCGAUGGAAAAUCUGCCCUAGUCAGGCUCAGACUGCUGAGACGGCCGACCUCGAGCUCCCCAUUCUGGGCCUCAGUCUCCCCAUUUGUGAGAUGAGGUGGUGUCCAAUGCUGCUCCAGGCUGUGCUUUACUAAUUGUCCGGUUCAAAACCAAGGCGGGUAAAAGGCCUUGUUACCUGUGUCAUCUAAGGCUCGGAAGAGUCUGUGUUUGUGUGCACAUGGAGGGAGGUGAGAAUGCUUAUUUUCCCUUCUUUGGAAAUAGAACGUCUGUCUCUUCCAUUUGGACACCGCAGUGGAGGCUGGCAGGCUGGAGGGAAGGAUCAGGCCAGGGACAGUUGGACCCGUGCACUGGGCACCAUGUGCACACCUAGCUGUCCUCUGCCCAGGACACGGUGCCGUGAGGGGGUGGUCCCCUGACUAUGGACCCUGUUUCUUUGUCCUUGUCCCUACCAGCAGGUCUGCCUCACCAUGGAGGAGGAGGCUCUGCUUUUAUACAUAUAUCAUCAUGAAAUAGCAAAAAAAAAAAAAAAAAAAAAUCUGCCGAGUUCCCCAUGCCGUGCUGCCACCUGAGCCCUGGGCCUGCAUCCUCGUAGAGGUUCCAGGUUCCUAUUGGUUGGUUUUCCUUUCUGAAUGAAUUACCACCAGCCUUGUGAGCAGAGGCACCUGGUGUAUUUUGCCUGCUCCAGGAGAUUAGGCAGCUGUCCUUCAGGGUCACAGGCAGUAGGGGAACAGAAUGAAGUCUGGGUAAAAUCCUUCCCUCUCCGACCCUUUGUUUUCAAGUCUGUAAAAUGGGCAAUAAGACUAGGUAGUUUGCAUCGCCCGCUGCAUCUCUGAAAUUCUUGCCUAAACACCAGCCAUCCACUGGGAAUGGGCCCCAGGCAGGGACUGUGGCGUGUGCUUGGACCGGGAUGGGUGAGGAGUCAUCUUGAGGGAGGAGGGCUUAGAGGGCCUGGGAGUGGUUAGGCUGGAGAUGAGCAGAGUUCUCCAACUCCAGGUCUCUGGAAAGGGCUUGUUUUGGUUCUGUGCAGUCUUAAAGGACGAAACUCGCCCCGCAUUUCCCUUGGGAUGAAGGAAUCUCUCACCCUGUCUCAUGACUGUCCUGUCUAGGAGCAGGCGGGGUCAGGAGAGAAGGUCCGGCUCUGGGAGAGAUAGGACUCCAAGUCAGGGAUGCUGAGACUGUCAGGGAGCCAGGGAGGGGUCAGAGUGUGGGAACUAGGGGACGCAGGGGCGCUCUGGUAGUCCCCGGCAUGCCCUCGGCCAGGCCACAGUCCCUGUCUCAGUGGGCAGCUCCGUGACCCUCUUUGACACGUCCAGUCACCUGCAGUGAUUCCUUCGCUACCCCCCACCCCUCCCUGGCCUGGCUUCUCUGGGGAAUAGAGCCAGAGCGCUGGAGCCCAGCCCAAGGCUGGAAAUACCCCCAAGUCCAUCAUCACCCACCAAGGGUCCUGCCUCAUCCCCUUCGUCCCCGAAGGAAAGCUGGAAGAGGCUUUCUUUGUAAUUCUGCGAGUACCCUUGACCCUUGACUCCCUCAAGGACACUCUAGAGUGAAAGCAGGGGCCCCUUCCUCAUCCUCGGUUCCUGCCUGGGCCCGGUGACCCUGGACGCCUGCUGGAAGAGCCCUGAGCAUCUCUGGGGACCUGGGUAUCUCCCAGCUUUGCCACUGAUCUGCUAUUUGACCUGGAUCCUUCCUCAUGUAGCUCUGGGGAGACACACCAAGUCCCAGAGCUGGGAGGAAACCUGGAGAUCUGCAGAUUAAGCCUCACCGAGGGGCUGACGAGAAAACACAGGUGGGCUUAGCACGGGGCCUAGGCCACGUUGGCAUCCAGUGUGCUUUGCAGACCGGAACGAGGAAAUGGGCCUGCCUGCUGGUGUGUGCCCAGGCCUGCACGUGAGUUGGAACGAGACACUCAGCAAAGCUUCUGAACAGAAACCUUCAGCCUUGCACAGGAGAGGGGCUCUGGCUCUGGAAGUUGUCAGGACUCCAGACUGUCGGAGGGGCAGUGGGGUCUGUGUGGACAGGGAGACCUGCAUUCUAGCCCGGCUUCACCACCUGCUCUGUGCCCUAAGACCAAACCUCUCUGGGUCUCCACAUCCCAAUCAGAGAAAUGGGAGGACAUGAUUUAUAGUCUGUCACAGGCCAGGGGUGAGGUUGAGGUGAGACGCCUUGGUGGGUGAAAGGGCUUUUCUACUGUGCUGAAGACCCUUGAAAGGGGGACCCUAUGCUGGUUGUCAAAUGCUUUGAGCCCUCCUGGGUUAAUCUCUGCCCCAUUUGUAAAACCACCAGCACUGGAGGGGAGGGGGAGGCCCGUGGUCUCUGAUGGACAUGGGAUUCCAGGCUUAUUCCCAUCAGCUGGUUGCUUGUGGGAUAGAAUGGGGUGACUUCCGCGUGGGGGAUGUCAGGGUUUCCAGGGCACCUGGGACGUCCUUCAAGUGGGCUGUGUGCCUGUCUUUCUCCCUUCCUUGAAGUUGGCAUCCCGCGAUGUGUCUGUGCUUGGCCACGUGUGUCUGGUCUUCUGUCCGUCUUCUGUAGCUUAGCCCCUGUGAGGACUGGAGUGGGGAUGCCGCUGGCAUCCCAGACGGGGCUCCAGGCUCACGGUGGGAGCCGGGCCCGCCUGGGUCUCAUGUCCCACAAUAAAGCCAAGCCCCACACACCUCACUGCUACCGCUGCCGCCGUCAAUGCUGUGCGCACAACCUCGUCCUGGAUUUUAAGGACGUCAAACUGCUGUAGAUGACUCAAUAAAUGUCUUCGCAUUUUU